UAACUCAGCUGUGUGGUCGAUCUUCUUCUCCAAUAAACCCCGGCAAUCUUCUCCCUCCUCUAGCAGGAUAGCUUCCAAUUGACAACGAAGUCCGGCUUUCCGUCGCUAUCUCUGAUUUUGAGAACUCCUAUUGAGCCAUGACAUCAGAUUCAAGAUAGUUCUGAUCGCGCGCCGAGGCAUCCUUGCCUACUUGCCUUGAAGAAUCUCAAUCUGUGUGGAUGAGAGAGAGUGAGGGAAGAAGACAAAUCUAACUAAGCCAGAUUGUGAACCACAAAAUAGAGACGGCCCGACCAAACAAAUUGACUACAAAGCAAAGAACGCGGUAGUCAUAUCUUUCAAUUAACGGCUUGGAAACAUGAAAUAGAAAUAGAGGGAAGCAUUUGGCAAGUGGGGGGAAUCCCUGAGUGAGAGAGCUCGUCCAAAGAGGCAGAUAUGGCGUCCAUUUCGUGCUUCUGUGCUUUGCAUAGGCAACCUACCCUACGGUACUUGCUAGCCUCUUCCAACGUCAAAGCUUCUUCAGUUGAUUACAAAACCAUGCAACAACAUUCAGCCACCCAUGUUUGUCCCGUCAGCAUCAGUUCAUCCACCGAACAAGCUUGUGGUGCUCCUUCCAGAAGACAACUGAUUAUUCUCUCUGCCCUCGCUGCGUUUACAUUUCCGCCUACUCUUCCGUAUGCCAUUGCAGAUUCAGAUGUUGAUCGUAUCUACACCGAUGACGUGAACAAGUUCAAGAUAGUCAUUCCCCAAGAUUGGCAAGUCGGAACUGGAGAGCCUAAUGGAUUUAAAUCAGUAACUGCUUUCUAUCCACAAGAGGAUUCAAGUUCCAAUGUUAGUGUAGUGAUCACAGGAGUGGGUCCGGAUUUUACUAAGAUGGAAUCGUUUGGCAAAGUGGAUGAAUUUGCUGAGACUCUGGUCAGUGGGCUGGACAGAAGUUGGCAGAGACCUCCCGGUGUGGCUGCUAAGCUCAUAGAUUGUAAAGCUUCUAAGGGUUUCUAUUACAUAAAUUAUUCCCUUCAAAAUCCUGGUGAGGCUCGCAGAUAUCUUUAUUCAGCCAUUGGGAUGGCAUCUAAUGGUUGGUAUAACAGACUCUACACCGUCACAGGACAGUUUAUGGAAGACAACGCCAACAAGUACGGGUCCCAAAUUCAAAAGGCGGUCGCAUCAUUUCGGUUCGUAUGAAUUCAUGGUUAGGAUGGGAGAUGCUGUAUAUGGAUUCCAUCGACUACCAUCCCUGUUAUCUUUUUCCCCUCCAUCACUUGUUAAUUUGAUUCUAUUUUCAGUUUGUGCGAAUGGAGAAAUUGAAAACUGUAUCAGAAGCCAACAUAUAACAAUAAGAAUACUCUACUGCCGUCUGGCCCUUCGGGGCUGUUUAAUUGAAUCUGAAAAAUAUUUUUACAUA